AUGCCCUGGAUUUCACUGGUCCAUACCUUUACUAAAACCAUCUUUGUGACCUCCUCUAUAUCCUUGCUGGCUUUGAUUUUGUACCAGACCCUCUAUGGCCACCAUAUUUACCCCACCAAGCAUCCCCCCUCCUUCAACGAGGUCACCAGCAUAGGAAUUGCGGACCAUAAUUGUUCUCUGCCCACAGCGCGCUAUGAUAUCAGUACCGGCAGAGCCGCAUGCUACCCUUCAUCAGGAGGUAUAUGGAUGGCUGAGCUAAGCGCCCUAGAACUUCAAUAUCUGAAUAUUGACCGCUUCAACUCAUCCGAGAGAUCCUGGGAUCGCGACGAAGAGAAUCUCUUUUGUGAGCAACUUCGUCCAUUCGGGGGUUCCUGGUAUCCCUCACAUCUCUCAGAUGGGCUAUGGAUCGAUGGAAGGUGUAGUGAGCUACACAAGCUGGAGCCAGCAUUCUCAGUUUUCCGUCGCAUUGGUUACCCGGAGGGAGGAGGUGUAUGGGUUUUGGAUAGAGAACUCCCAACCAGUGACACAGCAGUGCGGAAUGCCUUGUCAAUGGAGGAACGGUGCAUUGUUCUAGAAAGACUCGGUGCCAUUUUCUGCAGAGAUAUCAAGUGUUGUUCGGCUUUAACUGAUCUUUCCAGAGAACCACCCGAGCUGGUAGAAGAGGGGAUGAGAUCGAGAAACUACCAGACAGCAAAGCAUGUAUCUUAG